CAAAAAGCAAGUGCGUCGACCGUCGCUUCCAAGUCUGGCAACGCCGUGUGUGCCGUGUCGCGUGCACGGCGUUUGUUUAUACAACCAGUUUCGCCUCGUUGCACGCAACGCGCGUUUCUCGUUUUCGGUUAUCAUCUGAGUUUUCCUGUCUGUAUUCUGCCCUUCGACCGACCGACCCACCGACAAACCCUCCGACCGGCCACGGACUGACUGAUAAGAUUUGCGGACCGAUUUCCGACUUUGCUACCGGGCAGAAUGUCCAACGCAAGGAAUCGCCGACACAGAAGAGACCGCACGGACGCGCAGUACGCAGCGGCAAUGAUGAGGCGACAGCGUGUGCUGCGGGACCGCCUGAACCCCUUUGAGGAUUUCGACGAGGAUGGGCUGCAGCAACGGUUCCGAUUUGGAAGAGCGGGCAUAAUGUUUCUCGCCGACACACUGCGUCCGGACUUGGAGCGCCGUACACGUCGUAGCCGCGCCCUCUCUGCGGAGCAGCAAGUGAUCAUCGCCUUGCAGUUCUACGCAACUGGGAACUUUCUGAUCACUGCAGGCGACUACAUCCGCGUGCAUGUGUCAAGUGCUUCACGGGCUGUGAGGCAAGUCACCGUAGCGCUGGCUCGUCGAGCACAAGACUUCAUACGAUGGCCUGACGCUGCGGAGGGGGCAGCCUUGCAGCACAAGUUCUACGACAUGGCCGGCUUUCCUUUGGUCGUGGGUGCUGUUGACGGUACCCAUGUCCGGAUCCAGGCACCCCAUGUGCACGAGGAGGCGUACGUCAACCGCCAUGGAUACCAUUCCAUCAACGUACAGGUGGUCGUUGACGCCUCUUCUCGGAUUCGCAACGUGGUUGCAAGGUGGCCUGGAAGCACCCACGACUCUCGGAUCUUCACGGAGAGCACCUUGGCAGUCAAGCUGGCCAGUGGAGAGUACGACGGCCUGCUGCUUGGUGACAGCGGCUACUCCUGUCAACCUUGGCUGAUGACGCCAUUCCUGUCGCCGUCAUCAGCAGCCGAGGUCGCAUACAAUACGGCACACACGACGACAAGAAGCAUUGUUGAACGGACAAUCGGCCAACUCAAGCGGAGGUUCCAUUGCCUUCACGCUGAGCUCCGAAUGGCUCCAGAACGGUGCUGCGACAUCAUUGUCGCGUGCUGUGCCCUCCACAACCUGGCCAAGAGGUACCCCUGCAGGACACCCGUGGCCGCCAUCCCCGCUGAGGUUCCCGUUGAGCCCGUAGCAGCCAACCGUGCUGAGAGCAACGAGGCCCGAGACUUUAUUGUCAACCAUUUCUUCGGCUAAGUAUCCUGCUGUCGCUCGGCCCUUCUCUGGUACUGCUGUGCAGCCUCACGGGUCCAGCGCUGGUUGUGCUGCACAACAGGAGAGGCCAGUGUUCUCUGUGCUGCGUCGUCUUCAACUGUACUGCUGCCAGAUGACGAGGGUGGCGGCGUCGUCACCCUUCCCGUGCAGCUGCUGUAGUGACACGCAUGACCAGGAAAUUGUUUGAGGUUAAAGGGAUACUACAACAAAAUUUCGGGUUUCAUUUUUUGGUCUAUAUGUGUUCGAAGGAGCAGUAUCA